UCGCCCCCGCACACAUUAUCACUCCCUCGCUAGGCUCGCCCCGCACACUUGUGCUGUCACUCAGCCGGGUCCUGUCCCAGCAGAAGGCGUCGCUCCCGCCGCCGGACGCUCGGCCCGCUGCCCGCCGCCGGCCCAUGGACGCCGCGCUCCUCCUCGCCCUCGGGCUGCUGGCCCAGAGUCUGUGCCUGUCAGUGGGGGUCCCCGGGCUGAGGAGGCCGCAUACCCUGUACCCCUGGCACCGGAUGCCGGCACCGGGCCGCGUGCGGAGAGCCUGGGUCAUCCCUCCCAUCAGUGUGUCCGAGAACCACAAGCGCCUGCCCUUCCCCCUGGUGCAGAUCAAGUCGGACAGGCAGCAGCUGGGCAGCAUCAUCUACAGCAUCCAGGGGCCCGGCGUGGACGAGGAGCCCCGGGGGAUCUUCUCCAUAGACAAGUUCACAGGGAAGGUGUCCCUGAAUGCCGUGCUGGACCGAGAGAAGACAGACCGCUUCAGGCUCAGGGCCUUUGCUCUGGACCUGGGGGGGUCCACCCUGGAGGAGCCCACGGACCUGGAGAUCGUGGUUGUGGACCAGAACGACAACCGGCCUGUCUUCCGGCAGGAGGUGUUCACUGGCCGGGUGCUGGAGGGCGCCGUCCCAGGAACCUUCGUGACCAGGGCUGAGGCCACGGAUGCGGACGACCCGGAGACGGACAACGCGGCCCUGCGAUACUCCAUUCUGGAGCAGGGCGGCCCCCAGCUCUUCAGCAUUGACCCGCACACGGGGGAGAUCCGCACGGUUCAAGUGGGCCUGGACCGCGAGGUGGUCGCCGUGUACAAUCUGACCCUGCAGGUGGCGGACAUGUCUGGAGACGGCCUCACCGCCACUGCCUUGGCCAUCAUCACACUGGAGGAUGUCAACGACAACGCCCCCGAGUUCACCAGGGGUCAGUUCUUCCUGGAGGCCACAGAGGCCAUCAGCGGAGUGGACGUGGGGCGGCUGGAGGUAGAGGACCGGGACCUGCCCGGCUCCCCCAACUGGGUGGCCAGGUUCACCAUCCUGGAGGGCGACCCUGACGGGCAGUUCGCCAUCCGCACCGACCCCAGGACCAACGAGGGUGUGCUGUCUGUGGUGAAGCCGCUGGACUACGAGAGUCGGGAGCACUACGACCUCACAGUGGCGGCGCAGAACGAGGCUCCCCUGCAGGCGGCGGCCCCCAGGGCCGAGCGGGGCCAGGCCAGGGUCAGCGUGCAGGUGCGGGAUGUCAACGAGGCGCCCGUGUUCCAGCAGAACCCACUGCGGACCAGCCUGGCCGAGGGGGCGGCCCCAGGAACCCCCGUGGCCACCUUCUCUGCCCGAGACCCUGACACACAGCAGCCGCAGAGGCUCAGCUACUCCAAGGACUAUGACCCUGAAGACUGGCUGCAAGUGGACGGGGCCACUGGCCGGGUCCAGACCCAGCGCGUGCUCAGCCCCGCAUCCCCCUUCCUCAAGGACGGCUGGUACAGGGCCAUCAUCCUGGCCCGAGAUGAUGCCUCCCCACCCAGCACGGCCACAGGGACCCUGUCUGUUGAGAUCCUGGAGGUCAACGACCACGCCCCUGAACUGUCCCCGCCGUGGGGCAGCCUGUGCAGCACACCAGAGCAGGGCUCCGGUCUUCUCUUGGGGGCCACGGAUGAGGACCUGCCCCCCCACGGGGCCCCCUUCCACUUCCAGCUGAGCCCCAGGCUCCCAGAGCUGGCCCGGAACUGGAGCCUCAGCCAGGUUAACGUGAGCCACGCGCGCCUGCGGCCCAGGCUCCAGGUCCAGGAGGGGCUGCACCGCCUGAGCCUGCUGCUCCAGGACUCGGGACAGCCGCCCCAGCAGCGCGAGCAGCCCCUGAACGUGACCGUGUGCCGCUGCGGCCUGGACGGCGCCUGCCUGCCGGGGGCCGCUGCGCUGCGGGCGGGUGGCGCGGGCAUCAGCCUGGGCGCCCUGGUCAUCGUGCUGGCCAGUGUCAUCCUGCUGCUCUUGCUCGCCCUGCUGGUGGCCCUCCUGGUGCGGUGCCGGCAGCAGUCGUGUGACAAGAGGCUUUUGCACGGGCUGCAGGACGACCUUCGGGACAACAUCCUCAACUACGACGAGCAGGGGGGCGGGGAGGAGGACCAGGAUGCCUAUGACAUGGACCAGCUGCGCCACCCGGCAGAGCUGGCGGCCCUGGGCGCCCCGCUGGGACGGCCUUCUCUGCGCAGAGACGCCCCGUUCGGCCGAUCGCACCCCCAGGCCCCCCGCGUGCUGCCCACCAGCCCCUCUGACAUCGCUGACUUCAUCAACGAGGGCUUAGAGGCCGUGGACAGCGACCCCGCCGUCCCUCCCUACGACACGGCUCUCCUCUAUGACUACGAGGGGGACGGAUCCGUGGCAGGCACGCUGAGCUCCAUCCUGUCCAGCCUGGGUGAUGAGGACGCAGACUACAGCUGCCUCUGGGACUGGGGGCCCCGCUUUGCCCGGCUGGCGGACUUGUACGGGCCCCGUGAGGGCACCAGGGAAGAGGCUUUCUGAUGGGGACCUGCACCCACCCUGCUGAGAGCACGGCCUCCCGGACACAGGGCAGACCACAGGCGCUUGAGCGGACACGCCGGACUCGGCUGUGUGUCGAGAUGGACAGAGGGCCCUGCGCCCCGCCCUGGGGCCUUGGCCGGCCUGGUCUCAGCCAGGGGAAGUCAGGGCCCAAAGCCUAGAGCGGAGUGGCUAGAAGGAGGCGCCCCUCCUGUCCCGUCAGUUGCCUCCAAUGGGGUCAGAGACCCCAUUCCCAGCUCUGCUUCCCACCCACGCUGAUCUCAUCUCUGUAUGAAAGGAAGCAGCUCUCGGGCAAACAUGAAUUAAAAACGUGCUCAUCUCUCCAACGCA